AUGCCGCAAGCUGCAAGAUGGGUGGGCUCACCCUCGAUCAAGGGACGGACGGAGGCGAUGCGGAUGGCGCUGUUGACUUUCAGCUUGUUGGGACUGCAAUUUACCUGGGGCAUUGAGAUGACCUACUGCACCCCAUACCUCCUCCAAUUGGGCCUCACCAAGUCCCGAACAUCGCUUGUCUGGAUUGCGGGGCCUCUCUCCGGACUCGUUAUACAACCCCUCAUCGGUGUCAUUGCAGAUCGAUCUCGGUCUAAAUGGGGAAGGCGAAGGCCAUUCAUGAUCGGGGGCUCGCUUGUUGUUUCAGUGUGUCUGUUGGUACUGGGUUGGACAUCGGAGAUUGUCGGUGCUUUUGUUAAGGACACAGAGAAGGCUGCAAGCGUCACGAUUGCUCUCGCCGUACUUAGCAUCUACGCUGUAGACUUUGCCAUCAACGUCGUCCAAGCAUGUGCUCGGAGCUUGAUUGUGGAUACUUUACCUAUUCCAUCUCAACAAGCCGGGUCAGCGUGGGCCACUAGGAUGUCGGCUGUCGGUCAGCUUAUUGGAUAUGUGUUUGGGUCUCUUGAUAUUGUUAGCAUUUUCGGCACCACCUUCGGCGACACUCAAUUCAAGCAGAUGACCGUCAUUGCUGCAUUGGCUUUGCUGGCAGCGGUAGCUGUUACGUCCUACUCCGUAAAGGAGCGAAUCCUGAUCACAGCGAGGGAUUCUGAUGGAAAAGCUGGGGCGUUUCAAGUGCUUACGCAGCUAUUCCGAACGACUAUGGACCUACCUCCGCGGAUUCAGGCCAUUUGUUGGGCACAGUUUUGGGCGUGGAUCGGCUGGUUCCCAUUCCUCUUUUACAGUACCACAUGGGUUGGUGAGACCUACUUUCGGUACGAAGUCUCCAAGGACGCGAGCCGACCUGCAGAUAUGCUAGGAGAAGUCGGGCGCGUUGGCAGUCUUUCAUUAGUUGUCUUCUCGUCCAUCACUUUCAUCAGUUCUGUCCUUAUGCCAUUCUGUGUGCAACCACCAGACACCAAGCGGGCCCGCUUCACACCCCGACCUCCUCCUGGCAUAGCAGCUUUACUCACAAAGAUCACUAAAAUACGCCCUGAUCUCCAGACGACUUGGCUCAUCUCCCAUAUCGUCUUCGCAGCUACCAUGAUCUUCGCUCCUCUAGCACGCUCACGCGCUUUCGCGACGUUUCUCGUUGCCAUCUGCGGCAUUCCAUGGGCUGUCAGCUGUUGGGCACCGUUCGCAUUCAUGGGCGUAGAAAUUAACCGCCUUGCAAUGAACCCCUCUCAAGCAUCUCGCCUAUCCGGCGUAACAAUGAUCACCUCCUCUACCGUUCGCUCAGGCGCAUACGGCGACCUCAACGGCAGCGACGCUUCUGAAAUGGACGUGCUCCGCCUCAACCACCACGACCCAGACAGCGACUCAGACGCCGAGGAUGGCAUCUCAAAUAUCCCCUCCACAGGCGAGCUUGCCGGCAUCUACCUCGGCGUUCUAAAUGUCUACACAACUCUGCCCCAGUUCGUGGGUACCUUCAUCAGCUGGAUCGUGUUUAGCAUCCUCGAGCCCGGGAGCACUAAGCGUGACGACUCAGCGAGCGACUCAACGUGGAUGGACCUAGACAAGAGCACUCCGAACGCCAUCUCAAUUUGUCUCUUCAUUGGUGCCCUGAGUGCGCUUAUCGCUGUGGAGGCUACGAGACGGAUGCGGUAUGUCUUAUAA